AUGACCACCAGCAACUCUCCGGAGGAAGUGGCCGAUCCGGCCAGCGCCUCCGCCGCGGCCCCUUAUGGCACGCGAUCGAGAGGCCGCAACGCCCCUCGGCCCAACUACGCGGAAGACCGGGACAUUGAAAUGGACUAUGAACCGGCACUUCCCAAAAACGCCAAGCGAACUAGUGGCGUGGGCCUGAAUAACAUCACCAACGGCUCCAAAUCAGAUAGUGAAAAGGCCUCGCCCACUCAAUCACGCAAGACUCUGACCAAUGGCACCGUGGUUAAUGGCAAUGCAAAUGCCAAUGCCAAUGCCAAUGCAAUUUCCAAGGAGUCAAUUCCAGGGACUUCUUCAUUUUCUUCACGACCAGAAGAGAAUGGAUCUGCAUUGAGGAAGCGGAAGCAACCCGCAAGCACUCCUAAUUCAGGCUCCACUGGCAAUCCCGCGAAAAAGAUCUUCACGACCGCCCCGGGGGAUCCUGACGGCGGUUAUUUUACCAAUAUGGUCAGCUUUGAGGCAACCACCCCGUAUCUCAAAGAUGGUCAAUUAAAAGCAGAUGAUGGCACUACAUUUGCUGUCAAUGAUCAUGUUUAUUUAAUUUGUGAGCCUCCGGGCGAGCCUUAUUACUUGGCUCGAAUCAUGGAAUUCUUACCAUCCAAGACCAAAGGUGACGGUGUCAUUGAAGCGUUGAGAGUCAACUGGUACUACCGUCCACGAGACAUUCAACGACACAGCCCAGACACACGAUUUGUCUUCGCGUCCAUGCAUUCAGAUACCUGUCCGCUUUCUUCCCUGCGCGGGAAAUGUGAAAUCCGCCACGUUUCAGAAAUUGACGAUAUGAAUGCUUACAAGAAGACUCGUGACUCCUUCUGGUACGACAAGAUGUUUGACCGAUACAUUCACCGUUUGUACGACGUAAUCCCGACAAAAGAUGUGAUCAACGUGCCUGCAAAUGUGAAGAAAGUUCUUGAUGAUCGCUGGAAGUUCAUUUUGGUCGAAAUGGGCAAAGGAAAGGAACUGACAGGCGCUGUCAAGACUUGCAAGCGAUGCCGUCAAUUUGCGGCAAAUUCCGAGUCAGUGGAUUGUGCCGUCUGUGACUCGACUUAUCACAUGCACUGUGUUCGACCUGCCCUGACCAAAAAACCAGCUCGAGGAUUCGCCUGGGCUUGUGCCGCUUGCAGCCGUGCCCAAGAGCGCAAGCUAGAAGCACGGAACACCCCGCACAUGGGUGAGGCUCGACCAGAUGGCGAAGAUGAGAUUAUUGAGGAGGAAGAGGAGGAGCAUCAUGCAAAUGGAGUGGUGAGCGGGACUGGCGCUAGCACCCCAGGCGCAGCCGAGGACUCCAUGCCGAAGCCCGAAACCGCAGAACAAAUGGCACAGGCGAAGAUGUGGCCUUAUCGCUAUCUGGGUAUUCAUUGCCGAGUGGAGGACGCCCUGGACUACGAUGAUCGGAUUUACCCCCGUGCAAGUUCUCGCCUUGGACCGCGACACCAAGCGAUUGUUAAUCCUUGGCCCGGACGCACUGUGGAAUAUGUGAAACCUCCACUGUUGAAAAAGAAAGCUGUCAAGGUAGCGGGUGGACGGAAUGUCAUGAAACUUACAAAGGAAUCUCAGGCCGCGCUGGAUGCUGCGAAGAUCGAGCGCGCCACCCGACCGAAAUGGGUUCAAGAUGAGCCCCCAGGCUAUAUUAUACGCGGUGAAGAUGAACCCGUUACCGUCAACGGGAAGCAAGUGCGCACCGCCGAGCCUUUAUUCAUAAUGCCGACAGCAGAACAAAUUCCCUCCCGUGGCGAAGACAAUGCACCUGGCGCUCACUUCAGCGACGCGGAGCGGGAGAAAUUUAUCGAUGAUUAUAUGCGUCAAGCGAAGGAGCUGGCUCCUGAAAUUGGGGUUGAGAAGUAUUGCACUAACUUCUUGGAUAAGGCUCUGGGGCUUCUGUACUCUGAGAGCUUCAACGUUGAGGCAGCGCUCGCCAAGCUAAAGAAGGUCAACAAAUAUAAGGAUCUCAAUGAGCCUCAUUUCAAACCGGAGGAGUUGAAGGCAUUUGAAGAAGGUGUCCGGAGAUAUGGAUCUGAGUGGCGCAACAUUGCAAAACACGUCAAAACGGUCCACAUUUACCACAUUGUUCGGUUCUAUUAUAUGUGGAAGAAGACUCCUCGUGGAAAACAGAUCUGGGGUAGCUACGAAGGAAGACGCGGUAAAAAGGAGGUCCGAAGACAGAGCGUUAUCUCAUCGAAACUGGUUGACGAUGUCGCCGAUGAUCACGAUGAUUCUGCAUUCGACAACGACAAAGCAGUGGCUCAGAAGAAGGGAUUCCAGUGCAAGUUUUGCUCUACUCGUCACUCUCGACAAUGGCGACGCGCCCCUCUUGUGCCACCUGGGACUGUAGUUCCUUCCGAUCCCUCGGCGAAGAAGGACAAAGGGCCUAUGCUGACUGUCGCUCUUUGUCUUCGAUGUGCUCUCUUGUGGCGAAAGUACAGCAUUCAGUAUGAGGAUGUCGAUGAACUCGGCAAGAGAAUUGCGACCAGUGGAAACAAGUCAUGGAGACGACGGAUCGACGAGGAAUUGCUCGCUCAGCUGAUUUUAGCUACUGAGACUCCAUUCACCAUCAACAGUACUACGGCUGCUACCGCGACCUCAAUGGGAAUCGCCGUAGAUAGCAAUCCGCAACUACAGCACGAGAACAAAUUGGACCCAUCCAAGAAAAAGCCAAUUCGUCCGGAUAUCCCAAGUACCGCGACCUCUACAGCAACAUCAUCAGUGGAGCCAAUGCCGCCAAAGAAGAAGCUCGGGACCGAGAAGGUGCCAGAGGGUCCUCCGGUUGUCCCUGAUCCACCCAGAGCGAAGACUCUCCCUUGUGCCGUUUGCAACAUGGUUGAACCCUCUGGAGAGGAGCACCUUUCUUGCCGUGAUUGCCGCCUGACGGUUCAUCGCAACUGUUAUGGAGUGCAGGGUUCUCGGGCCGGUAGCAAGUGGCUUUGCGAUAUGUGUUCUAACGACCGCAGUCCUUCGAUCUCAACCACCUACGAAUGCGUGCUCUGUCCCGUGUCCUGGACCGAGCAUGAACUCAUGGAGACCACCAAGAACACCAGCCGUAAGAAGUCAGACCGCGACAAGGAGAAGGAAAGACUGGAGAAGGAAAUGGUUGUGGAAGCUAUCAAGCUCUAUCGCCAGCGACAGGAGGCCGUCGGCAAGCCUACCGGACCUCGGGAACCUUUAAAGCGUACCGCUGGCAACAACUGGGCUCACGUUCUGUGUUCUCUGUGGACCCCAGAGGUCAAGUUUGGAGAUGCGAAGGAGCUGGAGCCUGCAGAGGGAUUCGGCUCUAUUCCCAAGGAUCGGUGGCGACAGGUGUGCAAGAUCUGCAAGACCUCCAAGGGCGCCUGCGUUGGCUGUCACUUUGCCGGAUGUAAUGCUCAUUUCCAUGUUGGUUGUGCUUUCCAAGCACAGUACCGAUUCGGUCUUGAUGUUAUGCCUGUCAAGGGAUCACGGAAAGACAAUGUCCAAACCAUUAAACUUGGUGGUGAGGUUGGUGCAGCUACGCCGGUUUUCUACUGUCCUAACCACACCGUUCCCCCUACGCUCCAUGACCUUGGCGAAUUGGCUGGACAGGAUGGUCUCAAUGCCCUCCAACUUUUUGCUCAAACAUACAAGCAGGCCGACCUUACACUUACCGGCACGUCUAGAAAGGCAGCAUACGUACAGCAAUCAGUUGCAGCCCCACAGCCUUAUGCAAUCAACACUGCAUAUCGCCGAGCUUCCACCAGCAAUGGACAGCCACCGACACCCAAGGAUGCCCAGAAGCCGCCUAGUGAGCCCGGUCCUGAUGAGAUGGAUAUUGACACGGAGGAACGUUCUGCACCGCGACCAAUUUCUGGGAUUACGGGUGCAGCAACUACCCGGAAAUGUGUUCGUUGUGCAAGCGAUUUCAGUCCCAGGUGGUGGCCGAUCGCAAGGAACAAUAGAGGACCAUUGUCGAAUGGAGCAACCGCGAGCUUCCCAAUGUUUGUAAAUGGUUCUCCGUUUGCACAUAUCAAUGGAGACGCUGAGCCGACCUAUGAAUGUCACAAAUGCCAUUUGAAGAACCCGCCGGCCACAGAACCUGUGCCAGAACCCCGACCCUCACCUUAUCCCCCUGUCCAGGCUCCAGCACCAGUUCCGGCACCACCGCCAGCUCCUGCUCCAGCUCAACCUCAAGCUCAACCUCCACGUCCCAUGAUUCCGAGCAUGGGUGCCCCUCACCAAUUUGUGCAGCACAACCAUCCUCCACCUCCCCCAACUGCUGUUCUCGGGCGGCCUCUUCCCCCAGCUCACUCCCACUCGCAUGGUGCUCAUCCAGGAUACCCACCGCGCUACGAGCAACGGCCACCUCCAAAUGAUCCUAGCUUACGCAAUGGCAUGUCGCCUCGUGCUUAUCCUGCUGCGCCUCAGCCUCCACCUCCACACCACAUGGGCAACUACCCCCCAGCUCAUCCUUCAAAUCAUCACCCUCCAGCUCCGUCUCCGUCGCACUACCCUCCUGGACCCCCGGGCCCGCCAACUCAAGCCUACACAACUCACCAGAGUCCAUAUGGCCCGAUGCCAGCGCGUUCGCCUCACCUGUCACAACCUCCUCCACGCUCAUAUGCAGCAUCUGCAUCCCCACCCAUCGUGCAGGCGACGAUAAACCGGUCUCCGCAAACCUCUUUGAGUGCCCUGAAUGGCGGUCCACCGCCCCGCAUGUACUCUGUCGACCGUAGCAUGGGCGCACCGUCUCACUCGCCGCCGGUUGCUCAAGCUCGUCUUGAUCCGCGAGGACCUACGCCACCUAUUCGGCCUGAGAACACUCCCCCAUCGCACAUGGCGCCCACGAGCGCAAGUCGCCACUCAGGUGUGAACGGGACAAGUGCAGGAUCAGGCGCAAGUGCAAGUCCUUCACUGAAGAACCUCCUUUCUUGA